AUGAAAGCCACAACUCUCAACCCUGUGAAACUUGUCCGCGGGUGGAACAAGUUGUAUGACGUUUCAUUACCACAAAUCGGCGCUAUCAUCACUGAUGUUAAGGGCUGGACAAAGCCCUUAACACUUAAUGACCGCAUUUUUAAGGUCCUUGGAUCCUAUGCAUACCGCGGAGGCAUGUCACUCCUUCCCAAGGACAUGAACAGAUUCAAACAGCUUAUCAUUAUUAGGAAAAUGCCCAUGAGCCUCAAAACCUUUGGGAAGUACUUAAAAGCUGCUGCGGAUGAUGGCGAUGAGGAAGCAGUCAAGAUGAUGCUCAGGGUAUUGCAAAAGACAAUCAGAGUGUUCAACUAUCUCAAUGAUGCUGGCCUGGCGAACUCUUUUAAUCAGGCGCGUCUACUUCUGGCCAAGGAAAUUGAAUAUGCAGAUCAAUAUAUGCCCAAGUUGAAAGACUAUGAGGAUGGUGAGAUAGAGGAGUAUCAUGAGGAUGUUGGCUGGACGUACAUGAGCGUAGAUGAAUAUAUGGGAUACUACAGGGAUUUGAAUGAGUACUACUUCUGGGAUGAUCUCUACGUGUGGCCCCCACACAUGGCCAACAAGUAUGACAAAAUUCCAGGAUCUUGGAGGAAGGAAUGA